AUGACUCGCAAUCCCAACCCCCCUCCUCCUCCUCCACCCACGGCGGCAGAUGCCAACGUGGUCAUCGAUCAUAUCUUGGAUUCCCUCAUUGCUCUUGAAAUUGCCGAUACGGCAUCCGAUGGAAACCCGGCCUCUCCCCCUUGUUAUAUGUCCCUUCCGGAGGUGCUUGAUGCCUUCCGUGCCUUCAUUCUUCAGUUGGUCAAUGGACCAAACCAAACCAGUGGUCCUUCUCGCCUUGACCACCGCAUUCAGGCUGCAUGGGAUGCUUCUUCCGAAUGUCUCGAAGGCAGCUCCUUGGAUUCUCCUGCUGGCAUUGCUGUGGGUGGUAAUACAGGGCUGCGGGCCGUCUCUACUGGUGAUUCGAUCAUAGUGGUUAGUUCCGACACUGACGGCGAGUCCGAUGCCGACGACGAAGAUUACUAUGCACACCCUGUAUCUUCCUUGGAGCCUGCGCCAGCAGUAGCCACAAGCACAUCCCUUACUGGCGCUACUGCCACUGCGGUCGCCUCUGCUCCGGAAGCGACUCCAGCAAACUAUGUAUGUUCUACGUGCUCUGGAGGUCGCUGGUAUGUUGUGUUUGCUGGCACAAAUGUUGGUGUAUUCGACGACUGGUCCACAGUCCAACGAUACACCUCUGGUGUCUCGCACUCUUGCUACAAGAAGUAUUCGAAGAAAGAGGAUGCUGAGAAGGCGUACAAGGACUCUGUCACGCGCAGUGAGGUUAGAAUCCUCCCCACUCCUUCUGUUGCUCCUUCGAUGGCCCCAGGAAGCAGUCAUCCUCCUCCCCCACCUCCCGCACCCUCUGCUGGUGCCCUUUCUGCCUAA